CAUGUCAAGUGUAAACGGAGAAGCAAGACAACGGUUUAGAUUCAGCGCAAAAGCAGGCCGAGAUUCCUUGCGAUUAUUAUUCACUACAGGCUUCUGACCAUCAGCAACGUCUCGGGAAUAUAUACAGUACAUUAAAGUCUCUGCGUCAAUGAAUAAUGCCUCUGAGUGGAUAGUCACAGUGCAGGGCUUGGUGGCGCUUUCUAGACAAAAAGCGGUGUUAAUCAAGCUGAACCUGCUACACUGUUCCUCUCCUUUCCCAUGUAAGUAGCCGGAGAAGGGACUUAUGUGGACGAGCAUCAAUGAUGUCAGGAAAGCAUUACAAUGGACAAGAAGUCAGCUGCUGCAUCAAAUAUUUUAUAUUUGGAUUUAACAUAAUAUUUUGGUUACUGGGGGUGACCUUCCUGGGAAUUGGACUAUGGGCAUGGAGUGAGAAGGGCGUGCUCUCAAACAUCUCCUCCAUCACUGAUCUGGGUGGGUUUGACCCCGUCUGGCUGUUUCUGGUGGUCGGGGGUGUGAUGUUUAUCCUGGGCUUUGCUGGUUGCAUCGGCGCUCUCAGAGAGAACACAGUCCUCCUCAAAUUUUUUUCAGUGUUCCUGGGGAUUAUCUUCUUCCUGGAACUGACGGCUGGGGUUCUUGCCUUUGUCUUUAAGGACUGGAUCAAAGACCAGCUCAACUUCUUCAUUAAUAACAACAUCAGAGCCUAUAGAGAUGAUAUUGACCUACAGAAUCUCAUCGACUUCACUCAGGAAUAUUGGGAGUGCUGUGGGGCGUUUGGAGCCAAUGACUGGGAUCUGAACGUAUACUUCAACUGCACAGACACCAACCCUAGCCGAGAGAAGUGUGGCGUUCCCUUCUCCUGCUGCACCAAGGACCCAGCGGAGGAUGUCAUCAACACACAAUGUGGAUAUGAUGUCCGGUUUAAAAUGGCUGAAGAGCAAAAGACCUACAUAUACGUGAAGGGCUGUGUGCCUCAGUUUGAGAAGUGGUUACAGGACAACCUGACAGUAGUAGCAGGCAUCUUUAUAGGAAUUGCCCUGCUGCAGAUUUUCGGAAUGUGCCUGGCCCAAAAUCUAGUGAGUGAUAUUGAAGCUGUGCAGGCGAGCUGUUUGUUCACCUGAAGAUAAUUUUGCUUCAGACAUUCCCAGGACUAGGGAGUAAUGGCCCCAGCAGCAGAACUCAACAUGCCAGGUUCAUCAGGUUGUGCGUGUCUACAGACGUAAUCUGCACUAUCAUGUAUUAUUGUAUGACUCCAAAUCUUUCUAGAGUAUUUCACAUGACAGACAUGUGUAUGAAAUGCUGUGUGUGUGUGUGUGUUGAGAUGUUUGAAUAUUAGAACACACUCUUACAUCAUGUUCCAUCAUUUUUCUUUCCAACUGAUAAUGUUUCUUAAAGACACAUAUACAGUUAUUAUUAUACUAAUGAAACUAUUUUGGUCCAGUUUUCGGACGGUGACUUCUGAUUUCCUUUUUCACACAUUUCAAUUUUGAUAAGCACUUGUUGUGUCCUGAUAUGUCAAAAUGUAUGUACCUGUACACUCCAUAAAGUGAAAGUCCAUAAUCUUUAGUGAACAACCUCUGACACCAGCAGAAUGUACCAUGAAAGUAUUGUCAAAUGAUGAUGUAUAAAAGUUCAGAGGUCCUGCUCAUGGCACAGAUGUAACAUGUUAUUAGCAGAGAAUAUCAAUUUAGAUUACAAACCGAAUUCAAAAAGUAUUCAGUCCACACUUUCUAUAAAAAACAAGUAUUUUUAGUUAUUUCAUAGUGGUUUUCCAUGAGGGAAAAUAUUACAGUUUAUUUAAAACAGUCUAAUGGAAUUAAUGAAUUAAUGUCAGAUAAUGAACAGAAAUGUGUAAAAUGUUAAAUAUAAAGGAUGUUAAAUGUAUAAGGGAAUGUGUCUCUAACACAGGCAUACUGUAAUCAACUGAACUAAUAUUGUAAGACAGAAUAUGUGAAAUCUCUUGAUUCUGUGCUGUACUAAAACCAUUUUAUUAAAUAAACAAAGCCUUUUUCACCUGC